AUGUCUGAUCCUGAUGCUGUCUUGAUAACCGCUGGUCCAUACCAGUUCCUCGCCCACUUCGAGCAAUCUGCACCCAAAACGGUCGAACUCUUUCGCUCCUUAUUACCCUACAAACAAAAGAUCAUUCAUGUGCGAUGGAGUGGAGAGGGAAUGUGGAUUCCAUUAGGCGAGACCGACUUCGGUGUUCCAUUCGAGAAUCACACGGCACAUCCAUCUGCGGGGCAAAUUCUGUUAUACCCUGGCGGAUUUUCUGAAACAGAGUUCCUGUUUUGUUAUGGCGGAGUUUCUUUUGCUAGCAAGAUGGGUCCUUUAGCUGCCAACCAUUUCCUCACUAUUGUGCAAGGAAAAGAAAACCUGCGAGCCCUGGGAGAGCUAGUGCUGUGGAAGGGGGCGCAAGAUGUUAUGUUCGAGAUGGUCAGUGACGUUAAAGGGUCAAAUGCCAAGUUAUAG